GUCAUUUGCUACCAAUUUCGUCAAGUUAUUGGUUUUUAAUUUCAUUUUACAGGUAGGUAAUUAAUGUCAUGAUGAACCUAAAGCCGAUCCAGAGGACAAUAAGGAGGAAGAGAUGGAAGCUUAAUUUUCUGUGCCUGGGCCGCCGCCGUCGCCGGGAGGGAGGGAGAUAAUAUAUAUAUAUACUUACUAUAUAUGGAGAAGCUGAGCUUUGUGAAGAACGGAGUGAUGCGGUUGCCGCCGGGGUUCCGGUUCCACCCCACCGACGAGGAGCUGGUGGUACAGUACUUGAAGCGCAAGGUACUCUGCUGCCCUUUGCCCGCCGCCGUCAUCCCCGUCUUUGACCUCUGCAAAUCCGAUCCCUGGGAUUUGCCAGGGGAUAAGGAGCAAGAAAGGUACUUCUUUAGCACGAGGGAGGCCAAGUACGCGAACGGGAACCGGUCAAGCAGAGGGACGGCGUCCGGGUACUGGAAGGCCACCGGAAUAGAUAAGCAGAUCGGGAGUUGCAGAGGCGGCGGCGGCGUUGUUGGGAUGAAGAAGACCCUCGUUUUUUACCACGGCAAAGCCCCCCGUGGCGCCCGCACCGACUGGAUCAUGCACGAAUACCGCCUCGCCAAUGCCCCCAUCAACCACAAGGAUGACUGGGUGCUCUGCCGGAUAUUCUUGAAGAAGAGGGCAGGGGCGAAGAAGAAUGAAGGAGAAGAGACGAACAAGACAACAACGAACCCAAUUUUCUACAAUUUCAUGGAGAGAGAAAGGGCGGAUUUGAAUCUAGCUCCGGCGUCGUCGUCUUCCUCUGGGUCGAGUGGAAUAACAGUCGUUUCGGCAUUUAAUCGAACAGUUGAUGAGCACGAAGAGGAGAGUAGCAGCUGCUGCAACAGUAGUGUCAAGAGAAAACCUUAUUAGCCUCGAAUCUCCCACUUCUUCUUCUUCUUGUUGUUGUUGAUUAUUAUUUAUGACAGUAUUAUAACCACCUGCAGAAGAAUAAGUAAUAACCAGCUUGAUGUUGUUUUGUCCAACCCCCCCAAUUUCAGUCUCUUCCAGAUUCCAGUUUUAAAAAAAACAGAGACAAAAAGUGUGGGCAUCGAGUUCACAGUGUUAAUACAAUGUAUCUGUACUAAAAUGGGGUUAAAACU